AUAUCCUAUUGAAAAAUGUUUAACAACAAUACAGAGAUGUUCUGCGGUUUAGUAUCUAACCCGGAGCGAGAUGUCUGCCCUGCUUCCCUCACCGCUCUGUGUGACGACCAAGAAAUGGAAAUAGAAGAGCUUGAGAGGAAGAUCUGGAAAGACAAGCAGCGUCUAAAGCAGCUCAAGGAGAUGUGCAAGAACGGGUUAGGUAAAAGAUUGUCGAAGCAGCCUGAGGACUCGAAUAAGAGAAUGAUGUACCAGGCACAAGAUGGGAUCCUGAAGUACAUGUCUAAGGCCAUAGAGCGUUGUAAUGCUCAAGGUUUCGUUUACGGGGUGGUAUUUGAGAACGGGAAAACUGUAACGGGGUCUUCUGAUAACCUCCGUGAGUGGUGGAAAGACAGAGUGAGGUUUGAUAGGAACGGACCAGCUGCUAUCUUGAAGCACCAAAGGCAGAUCAAUCUCUCCUCUUAUGGAAGUGAGAUAGAGCCUGUGGGUGGUGGGGAGAGUACAGCCCAUAAGUUGCUUGAGCUACAAGAUACAACUCUUGGAGCUCUUUUAUCCGCUUUGAUGCCUCACUGCAAGCCUCCUCAGAGACGUUAUCCGUUGGAGAGAGGUGUGCCUCCACCUUGGUGGCCAACGGGAGAAGAAGAUUGGUGGAAUGAUUUGCCUUUGCCGGUAGAUUGUCGCGGACUUCCUCCUCAUUACAAGAAGCCUCAUGACCUCAAGAAGGUGUUGAAAGUUGGUGUUUUGAUUGCUAUAAUCAAACAUAUGGCUUCAGAUAUUGAAAGCAUACCUAAGCUGGUGAGACGGUCUAGAAGUUUGCAGGAGAAGAUGACUUCAAGGGAAGGAGCCUUAUGGCUAGCUGCUCUUAACCGAGAAAAGAGCAAUGUUGAUCCAAGUCAGUACCCUCCUCUAACCUUCUCCGGAGAAAGCAACUCUAAUGUUCUAGGAGCGAGUGCCGAGACCGAUGUUCUGUUUCAUGAAUCUGCUGAUUAUGAUGUUAAAGAACCUUAUCAUCAGCAUGUUCCUGAAGUUGGCAACAACUAUGUUAACAACAAGAGGAAGUUUGAAGGAGAGUUAGGGUUAUUAUUUAAUCCAAGAACAAACCUAACUUGUGAAAACAGUUACUGUCCUUAUAGCCAACCGCACAUGGGAUUCCAAGACAAGGUCUUAAGAGAGAAUCACCAAAUGACUUGUCCUUAUAAAGCCAUUUCCUUUUACCAACCCAAUAAACCAUUAGGUAUCCCCCUCAGUUUCAUGACUCCUUACCAAGUGGAAAUGCAACAGCAGCAACAAGUUCAGAACAUUCAAGACCAGUUUAACCUAUCAAACACUCUCUACAGACCAACAGCAGCAGAAAGAGGAGAUAACAACAAUGACUAUCUCUCUGAUCACCAGUUUGGUUUGGUUGACAAUUCGUGUCCUUCUACUUCGGUGAUGAAUCAUAAUCAUGGUCUAGUCUUACCUGCUAACUUCAAUGGUGAUGCGGAAACAGUAGGGAUGGAGAACAAUCAGCAGAAUCAACAGGAAGGCUUGCCCAUGCCUUGGAUUGAAUGA